AUGUUUGGAGGAGGUACAUCUUCAGGAUUUGGAGGGUUUGGUACAAACACUGCCACAACAAACUCUCCUUUUGGCGGUGGCGCCAACACCGCUACAAACACAAACACAAACGCAUCACCAUUUGGAGCAAGCACUAAUACAAACACAGGAGGAGGAUUAUUUGGCAACACAUCAUCUAAUCCCCCAUCAAGCUUUGGAUCCAGUAAUGUUUUUGGAUCAGGUAACGCUGGUGCUACAGGAACACUGGCGUUUGGAAGUAAUGCUGCAACUACUGGAGGAGGAGGACUAUUUGGAUCGAAUCAAGCUAACAACACUACUGCAUCUGCAUCACCAUUUGGACAAACACAACAACAACAACCGUCAUCAGUUUUUGGAGGUGGUGGUGCCCAGGGUACCUCAGCAUUUGGGUCUACGAAUACGGGAACUACUGGUGGUGGACUCUUUGGAAGCAAACCAGCAACUACAUCGUCUUUUGGAUUUGGAUCACCAGCAGCAAAUAACACAACAACAUCCCCCUUUGGUGCGUCAACAGGUACAACAAAUGCAUUUGGAGCAACACUGAGUGAUCCUAAUGUCAACAACGGUACUGCCGUUAAACCAUUUUCACCUCACAGCGAAAAGGAUUCAGCAAAUAUCAAUAAUGUAUUUCAAAAUAUAUGCUGUAUGCCAGAGUACAAAAAUUUUUCAUUUGAAGAGUUGAGGUUGAAAGAUUAUGAACAAGGGAGAAGAUUCCCCCCAAAUCAAGGAGCUACAGGAGGUGCUUUUGGUAGUACUGCAAACACGGGUACUGGAUUUGGAUUCGGAGGUACUGCUCAACAACAACAACCAUCUACUGGAGGAGGACUCUUUGGUGGACAAUCUAAUGCAUCGCCAUUUGGAAACACUGGAAACACUACGUCCGGAUUUGGAUCUAGUUUUAACAAACCAGCAGCAUCGCCGUUUGGAUCUUCAGGGGCAUUCGGAUCAACACAACAACAAGCAUCUCCAUUCGGAGCAAGCAACACUAGUAAUGUAUUCGGAGCAAAUAAACCCGCGACUGGAGGAUUUGGAGCAAGCAACACCAACACUGGUGGUGGCUUAUUUGGUGGUUCUAGUGGAACGAAUUCUGCAUUUGGACAAAAACCAACUACAGGGUUUGGUAGUGGCAACACCUCUGCAUUUGGUGCUUCUGGCGGUGGUGGUGGCACUUUUGGCAACACUGGCGCUUCUCCUUUUGGACAAGCAAAUAAUCAACAGCAGCAACAAGGUAGUGGGUUAUUCGGUGGAUCCAAUACCGGUAGUGCAUUUGGAGGCACAACAGGUGGGUUUGGACAAUCAAACACUGGUAAUGCAUUUGGUUCCAACACUGGUGCCUCCUCUGGAGGCGGAUUAUUUGGAGGUCAGCAGUCAUUGGGAUUUGGUGCUAAGCCAAGUACUGGAUUCGGGUCCACUGGUGGUGGGCUUUUUGGUCAACAAGGAAAUCAGCAACAACAAGGUGGCGGAUUAUUCGGAGGUGGGGCUCAACAAAAUCAACAACAACAACAACAGGGUGGUGGAUUGUUUGGUGCCAAGCCAUCUGGGUCGACAUCAAUGUUUGGUCAAAGUGGCGGUACUGGAACCAACACCGGUGGUGGAUUAUUCGGAGGUCAAACCAAUAACAAUGCUGGUGCUUCUGGUGGUGGUGGAUUAUUCGGAGCUAAGCCAGCUGCAGGGGGAGGAUUGUUUGGUGGAAAUACUGGCACUACAGGCACUACAGGUGGGGGAUUGUUUGGUCAACAAAAUGCUCAACAACAGCCACAACAACAAGGUGGUAGUGGGCUAUUUGGAUCGAAACCUGCUGGUACAACCGGUGGUGGAUUGUUUGGAGGUGGUGCACAACAAAGCGGAACCACAGGAGGUGGAUUGUUUGGUCAACAGCAACAGCAGCAACCACAACAACAACAGAGUGGCGGAUUGUUUGGCGGGUCAAAUACUGGUGGUGGACUAUUUGGCUCUAAACCUACUGGAAAUGCACCUUCUGGUGGUGGACUUUUUGGCAAUAAUACUCAGCAAGGUGGUACUACAUCUGGUGGCUUGUUUGGAGGCGGCUCCAGUAAUGUUGGUGGUACAACUGGUGGUGGUGGUUUGUUUGGAUCGAAUCAAAGUGCUACGGGAGGAACUGGUGGGUUUGGAACUGGUGGUGGAUUGUUUGGCGGUGGUGGUGUUAAUGCCAAUGCUCAACAACAACAACAACCACAACAGCAGCAGCAGCAACAACAACAACAAUUGGGACAACCACUGUUUUUACAAAAGACCCAACAACAACAAACGCAACCAUUGGCUAAUAUCAACUCUCAAGACCCAUAUGGACAGAACCCGUUGUUUCAAUCGAUUUCAGGUGCCACUCCCCAACAGCAGACACAAGGCUUUGGAGGUGAUCAAAAGCCCAGGGCCACUGUACUUAGACGAUCAUUUGCAAUCCCACAUCAAAAUAAAAAGGUGGUGACAUUGGGUAAUACAGCGCAAAGAAUUACACCAUUGUUUAAAGUUAGUGUAUUACCAUCAUCAACUGGUAGUAAACCAGUGGAGAAGGUUCAAGAUGAAUUAUUCAAACAAAAAAGUGAUUCGAUUUUUACCCCAGUUACUGAUCUGGCUAUAAUCACACUGGAUAUAUUCAGAAGUAAUAAUAAUUUCAAGAAAUUGGUUGUUGAAAAGAGUAGUGGUGGCAAGUACAAUUUGGCUAUAAACGAUGGCGAAGGUGCGAACGGUGGUGAUGGCUCUAGCAGUCCAACUAAACAAGUUUCAUUUGUGUUGGAUGGUGAUAAGAAGAAAAAGGAACUAGAUGGAGAGAAAGAAUUCACCACUAAAGCAAGUAAAGACAAGAGUGAAGCUGCAGUUGAUUCAAAGAAUGGCAAAGUCGUUAUUAAUGGUGAUGACAAGAAUCAAACUGAAACUGAAACUGAAGCUAAAGGAGGUACUAUUGCCAAACGAGAUGAGUAUGAAAUUAAUGAGGAUGGAUAUUGGACGUCACCACCAAUAUCGCAAUUACAAACCAAACCACUUGCUGAGCUCAAAUCAAUUCCCAAUUUCAAGAUUGGUCGUAAAGGCUAUGGAUUUUUACAAUUUCUUGAACCAGUGGAUUUAUCAACAAUGUUAAACAUGGAUGACAUUUUCUCCUUGGUUGAAUUUGAUAACAAAUCAUGCAUAGUUUACCCUGAAGAUGAUCUAAAGCCACGCAAGGGUGAAGGAUUAAACUUGCCAGCAACGAUUACAUUACAUAAUUGUUGGCCAUUGAAUAAAACUGAUCGAUUACCGAUAUUGGAUCCUCAUUCGGAUGUUGUUAAAUUGCAUAUUGAGAAUUUGCAGAAGUUGCCAGGUAUGAAGUAUGUCAAGUAUGAUCCUAUUAGUGGUGAUUGGACAUUUACUGUUGAUGAAAUGUGA